CCUUCUCAGAGAGAGGGAGAGAGAGAGAGUAAAGAGGGUGAUCAGAAAGGGGAAAUCUGGUAGUUGAUUAAAUACUGGGAGGAGGAAGAGUUCACCCGACAGGUACAGAGCAGAGCACAGAUCAUAAUGCAGAGUGUGCGUUCCCCUGGCCGCUCCCUGACCGAGGAGCAGUUCCAGUGCUCCAUCUGCCUGGAGGUGUUUGUGGAGCCUGUCUCCACGCCCUGCGGCCACAGCUUCUGCCAGGCCUGCCUGCAGGGCUACUGGAGCCACAGCAAGCAGUGCGUCUGUCCCAUGUGCAAGACCAGCUUCCCCAAGAGGCCGCAGCUGAGCGUCAACCGGGUCCUGGCCGAGAUCUCCGCCCACUUCCAGAGCGGGGGCGGGGCCGAGGCGGAGCCGGGGGCGGAGCCGAGGGCGGGGGCGGGGGGCGGGGCAGGCUCUGUGGGCGGGGCAGGCUCUGUGGGCGGGGACUUCGCCCAGGCGGGGGAGGUGGCGUGUGAUUCGUGCAUCGGGAGGAAGAUGAGGGCGGUGAAGUCGUGCCUCACCUGCCGUGGCUCGUACUGUGAGGCUCACCUGUUGCCCCACCGCCGCGUCAAAGAGCUAGCCAAGCACCGCCUGACCGCACCCCUGCCCCGCCUGGAAGAGAGUGUCUGCCGGAAGCACCAGCGGCUCCUGGAGGUGUACUGCCGCAGCGACCAUGCCUGUGUGUGCCCCGGCUGCGCGGAGACCGCACACCGCACACACGACCUCGUCUCCAUCGAGCGCGAGUGGAAGCGCAAAAUGAGUCACCUGGGUAAGAGGAGAUCAGAGGUCAAACACUUAAUCAAGGAAAGAGCCAAGAAACUGGAGGAGAUCAAGCAGUCUAUCAAGGUCAUCAAGACCUCGGCGCAGCGGGAACUGGAGGAGACGUGGAAGGUGUAUGCUGAGCUGCAGCGCUGGGCGGAGCAGAGCCAGGCGGAGCUGGUGGCCCAGAUCACAGGCCGGCAGCGUGAGGCGGAGAGACAGGCGCAGGAGCUGGCCCGGGGGCUGGAGGAGGAGCUGGCACAGCUGAGGAAGAGGAGCGCAGAGCUAGAGACGCUCAUGCACAGCGAUGACAAACUGCUGCUGCUGCAGACCCUCCCCUCCUUGGCCCCGCCCCCUGAGCCGAUGGACUGGGUGGCCGUGUCUGUGAGCACGGAGCUGUACGUGGGCACUGUGAGAUCAUCAGUCAGCGCCCUGCUGGAGAAGAGCCAGGACAUGCUCAAGAGACUCUACAGCAAAGAGUUCCGGAAACUGCAGAACUACUCAAGCGAGGUGUUCCUGGACCCGGCCACGGCGCAGCGCACCCUGGCGCAGUCGGCUGACGGGCGGAAGGUGUGGUUUGAGGAGCGGAAGCAGGCCCAGACGCAGCAGGGCGACGGCACACGCCGGUUCCACCCCGCGCUGUUCGUGCUGGCGCGCGAGGGGCUGGGCUCCGGCAGGCAUUACUGGGAGGUGGAGGUGGGCUCCAAAACGGCCUGGACGCUGGGCGUGGCGCGCCAGUCCGUGCGCAGGAAGGGCGACAUCCGGCUCAGCCCAGAGAACGGCUUCUGGUGCCUGUGGCUGAAGGCCGGGCAGGUGAAGGCCCUGAGUGCGGCCCGGCUGCCCCUACAGCUCAGCGAGCUGCCCAGCCGCGUGGGCAUCUACCUGGACCACGAGGCCGGCCAGGUGUCCUUCUACGACGUGAAGGCGCACGCACACCUCUACACCUUCAUGGACGCCUUCACUGAGAGCCUGUUCCCCAUCUUCAGCCCCUGCCUCUGCCACGACGGCAAGAACUCCGGACCGCUCAUCAUCUCCCCCGUCAAACACAGCUGAGCCGAAUCCCAGACCCCUGCCCCAGGCCCCUCCCCUCUCCCAGACUCCUGCCCCAGGCCCCUCCCCUCUCCCAGACUCCUGCCCCAGGCCCCUCCCCUCUCCCAGACUCCUGCCCCAGGCCCCUCCCCUCUCCCAGACUCCUGCCCCAGGCCCCUCCCCUCUCCCAGACUCCUGCCCCAGGCCCCUCCCCUCCUCCUGGGUCAGGGUGUGAUGGACAGCUGUUUGUGACUCCUGUUCUACAUGAAGAAUCUCUGUACUGAAAUGUGGUGGGAUAUUAUACUGCACUGUGAAAAAGUCAAAGAUGUGUAAAGCAAAGAUAUUUUAGAGAUAGCAGAAAAUGUACAAUGAAGGGCAGUGAAACUAAAUCAGAUCAAUAUUUGCUGUAACCACCCUUCGCCUAAGAGCACAUUCUCUGAGGAACAUGGCCUGCAGCUUUAGCUGGUAGAGUCCUUGCCACAGCUCUUCUGCAGACUGGCUCUCCAGCUAAUCCCAGACAGCAUGGUGGUGUAUUAGUUAAUAUGUUACUUUAUUUAAGAAAAUGCAAAAUAAAAACUGCAACAUGAACAUUUUUGGAAAAUUUAUGUUUGGAUUUUGUCCUGACUCACUAAUGCAGAAAUAUAAAUACAAAAAUAUCUAAGACAUUUUAUAUGAAAUUUAUAUGACAAAUGUAGGGGGCCUAACAUUUUUCACAGUACUGUACAUCAUAAUGUAAUAAUGUGUUUAUCAAUGAGUAUAUAUAUAGAGCUUAGCAUUACAAUGACACAAAUAUUUCUGUAAACUGAAAAGAAAUGGUAUUUCCAACUGUAAUUUUGAAUUUGAAUAAAGAAUUAUCAGAGGAAAAUGAAAA